UGUGCAUGUACAUGUACAUGUACGUACGUACAUGUUCAGUUGGUAUGCAGACCACAAGUGCGGUGCGCCACACAAACCUACGUACACAAAACCCGAAGUACAGUACAUGUACAUAGUAUGGUGCUGGACUACGCAAAGGAUCAAGACAGAAUGCUGAUUACCAAGAAAAUACUGUAAAUUACGUGGCAGAGAAUUAUCUUUUUGCUCCAGAAACAUACAAGUUUCCACAAUGCCACAUCCAUCAACUCGCCGAGAAGGUCCAAUGAAGAUACGACUUACGGUGUUAUGUGCAAAGAAUAUCUCCAAGAAAGACUUUUUCCGAUUGCCGGACCCAUUUGCCAAGAUUGUGGUCGAUGGAUCUGGACAGUGUCACUCUACAGAUUACUACAAGGGUACUUUAGACCCAAAAUGGAACCAACAUUAUGACUUAUUUAUAGGUAAAAAUGACAGCAUAACUAUCAGCGUGUGGAACCAUCGGAAGAUCCACAAAAAGCAAGGGGCCGGAUUUCUUGGCUGCAUCAAGAUUCUAUCCCAUGCAAUCCAGAGACUUAAAGAUACAGGAUACCAAAGAUUGGAUCUCUGUAAACAAAAUCCUGAUGACAAUGACAACAUACGGGGCCAAAUCGUCAUCAGUAUCACAUCAAGAGACAGAGGGUUGGCUACAGGGAGCAGUGCUGUGGUAGACUCCAGGAGUAUUGCACCUGCGUUGCUGCCAGCGGAUCCCAACGAACUCCCGGAAGGAUGGGAAGAGAGAACAUCAACAUCGGGUAGAGUGUACUUUGUAAAUCAUAUUACAAGAGCGACACAAUGGGAGAGACCAACAAGACCUGCCUCAGAAAGUGCCGGUUCCAGCAGAGCCAGUCGUAAUAGUCCACCACUAUCAGGGUCAGAGGUCAAUGGGCGUGGUCGGCCUGUCUCAUGCAGACGAGGUGACCGAAGUGAAGAGAGUACUAGCAUCUCGGGUGAUUCUUCUAGUUCAUCAAGUAAUGCUCUGUGCAGAAGGCAGUCCUCGAGAUUACGUAACUACAUGAACAGGUCCACAUUGCACCAGUGCCGAGAACUUCCAGAGGGCUAUGAGCAAAGAACCACAGCACAGGGCCAGGUGUACUUCCUUCAUUCGCAGACAGGAAUUAGCACAUGGCAUGACCCGCGAUUACCUCGAGAUUUUACCAUCAACGAAGCUGAUCUAGGGACAAUGCCGCCAGGCUGGGAAGUCCGACACACUCCCACAGGAAGGGUCUACUAUGUAGACCAUAAUAGCAGAACCACGCAAUUCACCGACCCAAGACUAGACGCUAAUAUAAUCAAUCGGGCACUCAACAAGACCAAUGGUAAUUUGGAGACAACGCAGGCACCAAAGUACACUAGAGACGUUGUGCAGAAACUGAAGGUACUACAUGCAGAGCUCUCAUCACUACAACCACAGACAGGACAUUGCAGAUUGGAAGUUUCUAGAGAAAACAUCUUUGAGGAAUCAUACAGACAAGUCAUGAAGAUGAAGCCCAGGGACCUCCGGAAGCGACUAAUGAUCAAAUUCAAGUCAGAAGAGGGCCUGGACUAUGGGGGUAUCGCCAGAGAGUGGCUAUACCUCCUCUCCCAUGAGAUGCUUAACCCGUACUAUGGUCUCUUCCAGUACUCCCGAGAUGAUAUUUACACACUUCAAAUCAAUCCAGACUCAGGAAUCAACCCGGAACAUUUGUCAUAUUUCCAUUUUGUGGGGCGUAUCAUCGGCAUGGCGAUCUUCCAUGGUCACUACAUAGAUGGAGGCUUCACAAUGCCCUUCUACAAGCAACUCUUAGGAAAGCCUGUUAGUUUAGAAGACAUGGAAUGUGUUGACCCUGAAGUCUACAGAAGUUUAGUCUGGAUGCUUGAAAAUGACAUCACAGGAAUAAUUGAGAACACAUUUGCCGUGGAGCACUACAGCUUUGGGCAGAUGCAGACUCAUGACUUGAAGCCCAAUGGCAAGAACAUCCCAGUCACAGAGGAGAACAAGAAGGAAUAUGUGAAAUUGUUUGUACAGUGGCGGUUUCUGAGGGGGAUUGAGCCACAGUUCCUGGCCUUACAGAAGGGCGUCAACGAACUGAUCCCACAACACCUGCUGAAAUCCUUUGAUGAGAGGGAACUAGAGUUAUUAAUCAAUGGUCUGGGCAAGAUUGACCUGGAAGACUGGAAGAACAACACGAGGCUGAAGCAGUGCAAUCAGGAAAGCAACAUAGUUAUAUGGUUCUGGAAGGCCGUCAACACAUUCGAUGAAGAGAAGAGAGCAAGACUACUACAGUUUGUAACAGGGACCUCCAAGGUACCCCUGCAGGGUUUCAAGGCUUUGCAAGGCUCAACUGGUGCUCCAGGUCCACGACUCUUCACUAUUCAUCAGAUAGAUGCUAGUACAAAUGAUUUGCCCAAGGCUCACACAUGUUUCAAUCGGCUAGAUAUACCACCCUAUGAGUCCUACGAGAAGUUUCUAGAGAAACUUACAUGCGCUAUCGAGGAAACAUGCGGAUUCACAGUCGAGUAGAAGUUUGUAACUGAGACAUCACUGUGAGAACCCACAAACAACUCCAAUUACUUGAGCCAAGGCUGAUAUGUAUCCGGAUAUGUGAUGAUAGAAGCAUUGGAAGAAAUCCAGACAAUUCCAUACUGUACUGUUUGCCCUGUUUUCAAGCGCUGCAUUGGGAAACUCUCCAGUUACUUGAGCCAAGGCUGAUAUGUAUCCAGAUAUGUGGUGAUUAGAAGCAUUGGAAGAAAUCCAGACAAUUCCAUGCUGUACUGUUUGCCCUGCUUUCAAGCGCUGCACUGGAAGAUUCUUGAAUCAACCACAAAAAAGUCUGUGUGUCAUCAUAAGAACACAUUAAGGGAUACAGCCGUAUUGGAUAUUUUGAUUUGUCACUUAAUUAGCGAUACAAAUCGAGCCUGGCAGAUGUUCUCAGUUUGCAUUUUACGUCUUUGAAUAAAUAUCUUGGACUGACCUCACAUUGCUCUUGACAGAGAAUUUAAAGCCACUCAGUAGUUUCUGCUAACUUGAGCAAAUUUCAUAGCGAAGAUGCACUAAUGCAUGCACACACAUGGAGGUUUCUAAAUCCUUAAACUGUGCCUUUGAAGUAAGCUUGCUCAUGGCUGAAUACGUACAGUAUGAAGUGUAUGCAGAUUUGAUAGAUGGAAGGAGUGUGUCAUGAAGAAGUGUCAUAAAACGGGCAUUUCUAAAUUAAAACAUGCUGAGCUAGUUGCUUUCAAUCAUUACUUCUUGCUGAAACUAAAUAUCAACAACACGCCUGUUUGAAGCACUGUUCUCUGAAUCGAGUGAGUUUUUUCCUCAGGUGAGCUGACAUCAUCAACAAUUUCAAAGCUCCAAGUCAGUGAAAAGAAGUAGUCAGAAAAGUUUGAUAGGGUUUAUCAAAUUUGACAAACCUGAACCUUGAUGUAAAGACAGUGGUGCUCAUGUCAUCUGUAAGAUCAGAUGAAAACCUGGUCCCAUCAUCAUAAUAAGCUAAAUGUAAAUAGCGGGGUACCACAUUCUGCUGUCUUACUGACUUUUUAUUAUCCUUUGGAAAUGACUUCAGUCAGUGGAAAGAGGUUUGUAUUUAUUUAUUGGAAUUUGUAUUUAUUUGUAAGAUACCUAACAUGAUUGAUGAACACAUCCCGUAGCAUAACAAUAUCACGGCAUUGGACUCAAAGAGUAAAAAAAUACUGUUUUAAAUGUAACAGUAUGUAUAUACAUGUACAUGUACAGAAGUAAAGACUGUAAUGUCACGUUUAUGAGUAAGAAGGAAAAAAAAUCAUAUUUGUAACAUCACAGUUAACUGCAUGAUUGUAAUUAAUGCAGAAGUCCAACUGCAGAUUUGCAUAUUCCACAUAAAAUUGCUGUCAUGUUGCUUCAUCAUAGAAACCAGUUCCUUUUAUGUGUACAUCCGGUAUUUCAAUUGCAGAAUAUUUCACAUUUAUGCCUUUUUUUGUCGGAUAAUAGUGAAUGAAGUGGUAGUGAACCUGACGUUAAAGCAUGGGUGAUAGAGUUCCCCAACCUCCCUCUGGAGACCAGAGACUCUCUGGGUGUUAUUGGUUCAGAGCAGAGACUAUGAAAGGUGCUACAUGAAAUACUCCCAAGUAUGAGAUCCAAGACAAGUCAUUUUUGAAUCACCAGGCUAAGGCUUGGAGUAGUACACGUCUGUGGCCUGCAGCUGCAAGCCACUUCCUUCCAUGGCCGUAGACACAUGUUACUUCUCACGGUAGCCACAACUUUUACCCUCAGCCCAAAGGUUAUAUACAUGUGCACUAGUUCAUAAAUAUCAAUUGUGCAGUGUCCUGCAUUAAUAUUUUUAACUGAAAAAGCACAGUUCUGGAGAAACAUUCACAUUAAAAGAAUGCACACGUGAACACACCCACUUUUUUGGGGGGGGGAGAGGGUUUCAGUCAAGUUUUGAAAAUUUCCAGCACUAAGGGAGUACACAUGACCUACACAUGGAAAUGGGACCUCCUCAGCGGAUCUUCCUAAUUGUGGUCGCUUGAGAUGUAGCUUCUGCAGCCUGAUAAAUCUCUUGAAAAUUCAAAUUGCCUUCGGAGAAAGCGUUAUGUACCAAAGAACAGCCAUGGCUUCAAAGUUCUAUUAUUUCCAUUUUGGUUAAAGACAUCCAAACAGACAUUCUUUGCCAAAUGUUCUGCAUACUAACAGCACCAGAUGAUUAAAAAUGACCUUUUGUAUGUCCAACGCGGAGUUUUGUUUGUACAUGCAAACUUGUGUUGCAUUUUGUUUUUUAUCUGUUUGUUUCAGACGCAGAAUUUCUUUUGGGCGAUAUAUAGAAAAAAUAAGUGUAGUUUCAAGUUGGUAGCUCAUGGGGGAAAAUAUGUUAAGAUAUACAGGGUGGAAGAAAAAAAAAAAAUGUAGUUGAAUUUAUCUAAGACAGUGUAUCCAGUACUGGAAUGUGAAAAGAAAGUGGACCAUUUAAACUCAUGAAGGCUGAACUUUUCUGUUUUGUUGUCUUUGAACCUGCCCCAGAAGAAUCUUGAAAAAAUCUUGAAGUAGUUUUCAGGAGACCUUGACUGCAUUUGUAUUUGUUUUUUAACAAUGUUAUGUUCAACAUUUGAGAACAGUUGCAUUGGAUGGCCAGUAUGUGUGAAGUAUAUCUAUGGAUUAGAAGGAAACAAAAUGUAAUUUGUUUGACCAUGCAAACUAUAAUGUAUUUAUUUCUGUGGCGUUUUCAGUACCCUAAAGAGAGAUAUUCAGGAGAGUAUGUAAGUGGUUUGCAUGUUUACCAAGAAGACACAUUUGUGAUUAAAAAGGAAGGUUUUAACGUUUUUGUUUCGUUUUUGACAAAAAUAUCAUUGAGAAAACAAAAUUGCAGUGUUCAUGUUGAUUUGGAAAAGUGCAAGUCUUUUAUUAAAUCAGGGAAGUUGUUUGAUUUUUCCAAUCUGUACAAAUAUACCUCUUUUUCAGUGUUUCCUUUAAAAUAAUUUGUUUCAUUUGAUAAAAUAUGGAAUUUCGUUCACUAAGAAGUAUUUUGAUUGGAUGAUAGAAAUGGUGUAGGCAGAUAACAAUUUGACCAAAAUAGUUUUGAAAAUGUGGGUCAGCACAUGAUGAACACUGAUUUUGCUUACCUUGGCUAUGAUUUCUAAAGCAUAUGUUGGAAGUUUAGGAGCAUUAUUACACUUUGAGGAAACAUGGAAGUUAUAAAGCAUACCGUGCAGUGACAAGGGUUGUGUGGUUUUCUGAUGGUCAGAAAACAGGUUCAUUGUUAUUCAUUAUCAAAAAUAAAAAUCUCUCCACCCAUACACUCCAAAAUACAGAUAUUGAUGACUGAAUGACUUUCUAUGGUGGACUGGGGCACAAAUGUUUUCCAUAGAAUUAAACACAGAUAUGCCUGCUAAUGAACAAGAAAUUUAUGUACCUCUUCUGAUCUGUGAUUUUUGUCUGAACAGAAUAUAAAUCAGUUGCUUAUAUAGUAUGUUUCUUGUUAUGUAUUUCAAAAUCUCAACAACUAAUCUAUAAAAGUAGACAAAUUCAUUUUAAUAUGUGAAAAGUAGCUGAAACGAGCAUUUUCAACUAUAUCAGUUUUUCACAUUAGCAAACUGUUAUUUGAAAAAAAAUUGCAGAAGUUGAAAACCAUAAUUAUCAAUUCGUGUUGUCUCAUUUUCCGUUUACCAAUCAUGUUGCUUCUUCUAAUGAUGCCUGUGAUUCUUGAAAAUUAGUGUCUUACAGACUUAAACUCUUACAAAAUAUUAACCUUUUAUUCCCAAAGAAGGCAUAAUAUUUUGUUGCCAUGUGGUGCUUCUAGCCAGUUUCUCAGUAAUACACAUUAAUGAAAUAUAUCCAAAAAGACAAAAAUAUUAUUUUGGCACUCUUGUUAUACCUUAGAAUAAUUAGAGCCUAUAUGAUUCUUUAACAGCAGUUUCUGUUGUUUUGUUUUUUCCAGAUGUAUUUUGUCGUCACUUGAAGGGUUACUUGUUCUGAAACCUUUGUAUCCCUACAAUGGUUUUCUUAUUAGCAUUACACCUUGUCCACGUAUUAAUUAUUUUGUUUAUGUUUGCCUUCUGAGCCACUUUGGAUGUACUGUACCUUAUUUUCUAUUUUACAUGAAUAUUCAUAGUAACUUUAUGAGUAUUCAUAUUUAAUGCUAUCAGUAUGUUGGAUGUUGUUUCCCCGUUGGAAUUAUGACAAUAAUGUUAGGCAAUGCAAUGUGUAUAGAUUGUCGGUUACAUUAGGUAAACGUUUUCAUCUUGUAAGAUAUCACACAGCAAUCUCAUACACAUUUUGUAUAGUUAUUCCAAGAAAAACCUUAAUGACCUGGGUAUUAUGAGACAUUAAGACUGUUGUACUUUUAAAUUGGUAUGAACAUUAUACGUGUGUGAUAAAAUAAAGUUUCAUAUGUAACACUUCA